CUGAGCCCGCCUUUCCGUUUCCUUCCGAGUCUUCCACUCCUUACACGCGCUUCUGAGUUUCGAUCGCAACAAUGGACCUCCAAGAAUCGAUCAGCAAUCAAACCGACGUCGCUUUGGGGAUCGCGAAGCGGCUUCUGCUAAGCGAAGGCAAGGACUCGAACCUGGUGUUCUCGCCGCUGUCGAUCCAGGUGGUGCUGAGCCUGGUCGCGGCGGGGGCCAAGGGCUCCACCCUGGACCAGCUGCUCUCGUUCCUCAAGUCCAAGUCCAUCGACCACCUCAAUUCCCUCGCUUCCCAGCUCGUAGCCGUGGUUUUCUCCGACGGCACUCCCAGCGGUGGGCCGCGCUUGUCCUUUGCAAAUGGGGUUUGGCUCGACAAGUCCCUCUCUCUCAAACCUUCUUUCAAACAGGUUGUGGAGAAUUAUUAUAAGGCCACUCUGGAUCAAGUUGAUUUUCAGACCAAGGCUGCUGAAGUGACUGGUCAAGUGAAUAUGUGGGCUGAAAAGGAGACUAGUGGCCUUAUCAAAGAGGUUCUUCCUCCUGGGUCUGUUGACAACACAUCAAGGCUCGUCUUUGCAAAUGCAUUAUACUUCAAAGGAGCUUGGAAUGAGAAGUUUGAUGCAUCAACAACAAAAGAAUAUGAUUUUCACCUUCUCAAUGGGAGCUCAGUUCAAGUGCCCUUCAUGAUUAGCAAGAAGAAGCAGCUUGUUCGUGCCUUUGAUGGUUUCAAAGUCCUUGGACUUCCUUAUAAACAAGGUGAGGAUAAGCGCCGCUUUACCAUGUACUUCUUUCUUCCAGAUGCAAAAGAUGGGUUGCCAGCUUUGGUAGAGAAAUUAGGUGCUGAAUCCAAGUUUUUGGAUCGCCACCUUCCAUACCAAAAAAUAGAAGUGGGUGACUUUAGGCUCCCAAGGUUUAAGAUAUCUUUUGGGUUUGAAGCUUCCAAUACCCUUAAGGGAUUAGGACUGGUGUUGCCUUUCUCUGCUGGUGGAGAUUUGACAGAAAUGGUUGACUCACAACUAGGUCAAAACCUAUAUGUUUCAAGCAUUUUUCAUAAAUCUUUCAUUGAAGUUAAUGAAGAAGGGACAGAAGCUGCUGCUGCUUCUGCCGCUGUAAUAUCAUUGAGAGGCCUGCCCCUUAAUGAAAAGAUAGACUUUGUGGCUGACCACCCAUUUUUGUUCCUAAUCCGAGAAGAUUUGACUGGGACGGUGCUAUUUAUUGGACAUGUGGUCAAUCCUCUCGCAGGCUAACUAAUACAUCAUGCUGGUGAAAAUGGGUAGUAGGUAGAUGAAACGUUAUGAGCACGAGACCAUCAUAAUUAAUAACUAUCUUUGUUAAUGCGAUGUAUUUUACUAUUGUCAAAGAAAAGCCCACCAUGGCUUAACGUGAUUGUCUCACGUGUUGUACUUAAAAACUAUCAUCAGCUACAUACGAAUUAUUUUCUUUUCUCCUUUCUUUGAAUGAUUAGUGAAAUGUAACCUCUAUAUGGUUUUGACA